CCUGAGAGGAACUUGUCGGACGUAAAUGCGAGACGUAAUUGCUCGGGUCUUGAUUGAUCUGGAGAGGAGGUGUUGUCUUCAGAGGGACCGCAGGAGAGUUGAGCCAUUUUGCGCGCUGAUGCCAAGCGCACAUGGAGGACUGUGCCAAACACUUCUCUCACCUGGCGAGCGCGCCGUCCACGGGUCUUGGAUUUCCAUUAAGCAGGACCACAGAUAGUUAAUUCUGUGUUGUAGGGAUUUUAAAGACAGAAUUUUACAGGACUCAAUGUGAGACUGGCAGAGGUUAAAUCAGCCGCUGCAUGCCGGAGUGACUUUUUCCGCAUCGCUAUCUCAGGUCAAGUUGCUCUUAGUUAUUGCUUCACAUCAGUCGAGCGCGAUUUAGAUUUUUCAAAGAGGUCAAGUGUUAGUUUUUGCCGUGAUCACGAUUAAAAUAACACGAGAGCGGAGUGGAACAGUACCCGGACUGUGGAGGAAAGUUUGGAGAGCAUCGGGGAGCGCGCACACAUCAGUUCGAGUGUUCCGUGAGAUGCUGCUGUAAAUGGUGGGGCAAUGUCCCGACGGAAGCAAGGCAAUCCACAGCAUCUGUCCCUCACACAGAGGGACACCAUACCCACUGCGGUCGAUCAUGACGUGGGGGAGGGGCAGUGCCCAUCAGAGGUGUCUUUAGCCAGCCCACUGGGCGGAGCCGGAGAGAGUGACCUGCUGACCUGUGGUCAGUGUCAAACCAACUUCCCCCUGGGAGAUAUCCUAGUGUUUAUCGAGCACAAGAGGAGACUGUGCCCCGGACCCGGCGUGUGUUUUGACAAACCGUCAGACUGCAGCGAUUCCCCGUCCCCCAGACCCCCACGGACAGAAGUCUGCCGGAGGUCUGGACCGGUGGAGGUUGGGAUCCAGGUCACGCCAGGAGAGGAAGAAAAGAAACGACUGACGCCCGCAAGAGGAAUCUGCCCCAAGCAGGAGGGUGUCCCUACAGGAAAAGAUGAGCCCUCUAGUUACAUCUGCACCAUGUGUAAGCAGCCAUUUACCAGUGCAUGGUUUCUGCUGCAGCAUGCGCAGAACACCCAUGGGAUCCGAAUCUACCUGGACACCCACCCUACUAGUUGCUCUCUUACCCCACGCAUGGCCCUUCCUCCACCACUGGGGGCUGAUGCCCUGCCCCACUCCCCUCUUCCCAGCUUUCUGGGUGAUGGCAGCAACCCUUUUCAAUUGUUACGUAUGGCUGCCCCGCUGCUACGAGAGCCACUGCCCCCUGGGUACAUGGAAACCCGCUUGCCAUCUACCCCUCCCUUUGUAAGUCCUCCACCACCUCGCCAUCCUCUGGAACGCCUCGGCCCAGAGGAGAUGGGCCUCCUGUCCCAGCAUCCAAGUGCAUUUGAGCGGGUGAUGCGGCUGACACCUAUGGGCAUAGAACCAUCUAUGGGCUUCUCUCAACGUCUUCGAGAAUUGGCAGGGAACAACAACAAUAACGGGGGGCCAACCCCUCCCCUUUCUCCUAACCGUGUACCCCCCAUGCAUCGGCUUCUUAGUCCCACCCUCUUCCAUCAUGGAUCCAAACCUCCACCUUUCCUAACCUCAACCUCACAGCCACCAUCAGUCCCAUCCAGAGGCAAUUCCUCACCACCACUAAAUCAGGUCGGCAAAGCCAAGUCCUGCGAGUUCUGUGGAAAGACUUUCAAGUUCCAAAGCAACUUGAUAGUGCACAGAAGAAGCCACACUGGUGAAAGGCCCUAUAAGUGUCAUCUCUGUGACCAUGCAUGUUCACAGGCCAGCAAACUGAAGCGCCACAUGAAGACCCACAUGCACAAAUCAGGCUCCAUGGGGAGCUCACCUGAGCAGGGAGGGCAGGACUCAGCCGGAGAAGGGAUUAAGAACAGAGAGGACAAUGGCACAAGGGAAGGAUUGGAUAAUGAGGAGGACGAAGAUGACGAGGAAGAGGAGGAGGAAGAAGAGGAGGAAGAACAGCAAAAUGGAUGCAGGCCUCUGUCCAACCUGAGCAUGGACUCGGAACUGAGUAGGAACAGAGAGAAUGGCCCAAGACCCUCGCCAGAGGAGAAGCCACUGGCUUCUGAAAGAGUGACAGAAAGCCAAUACAACAACCUCGACAAUCACUUGAGACUGCCACAGGGCAGCAGGUCACACGAACAGACGGAUGCAGAUUCGACAGGCAGGGAGAUCAACAGAGACGGACGGCCCAUGGUGAACGGCAGAGGCUGCUGUCCGCAAGAUCCCAUCUCACUGUUAUUCCACCGGAAGCCCCUGCCUAUUUCCAGUCCCAGCCUCUCUGGGUCGUCCGCAAAGAGGAUCAAGGAGGAGAAGGAUGUGGAAUUGCCACAGGUGCCCGUCAUCUCCCCUGAGAAUGUGUAUUCUCAUUUGCUAGCCGGAUAUGCUGCAUCACGCCACUUCAUAAGGGAGCCCUUCCUGGGCUUCAGCGACUCCAGGCAGUCACCUUUUGGCACUUCUUCCGAGCACUCUUCGUCUGAGACAGGUAGCCUGCGCUUCUCCACCCCUCCAGGGGAGAUUCUGGAGGGGGGUGGGUUGUCAGGGCGAAGUGGCAACAGUACACCUCACCUCCAGCUGCGGGGUCCCGGGCCAGGGAGACCACCAAGCUCCAAAGAGAGCCGACGGAGUGACACUUGUGAGUUCUGUGGUAAGGUGUUCAAGAACUGCAGCAAUCUGACCGUGCAUCGGCGCAGCCACACAGGCGAGAGGCCUUACAAGUGUGACUUGUGCAGCUACGCUUGUGCCCAGAGCAGCAAGCUUACCCGGCACAUGAAGACGCAUGGGCAGUUUGGCAAAGAGGUAUAUCGCUGUGAUAUUUGCCACAUGCCCUUUAGCGUAUAUAGCACCCUGGAAAAACACAUGAAGAAGUGGCAUGGAGAGCAUUUGCUGACCACUGAGGUCAAACUUGAGCAGGCUGACAGGGCUUGAGAACAGUUACUAAUGCACUGUAUUAUGGGUUUAGCUGGAUAGUCUUUCUCUUGUCUAGAUUUUCUUUUGAGAGAUUAAAUGUUUUAUUUUUUUGUUUUGUGUUUUAUUUUUACAAGUAAAAACAAACUGCCACCUGAGAAACAAGAACACAGGGAAAUGUUAGAAUGUGGUUCUACAAACCCUUCUUGCAUAUUCCUGCAACUAACAGAGGAGUAGUCCAAUACGAAUUCAUGGAGCCUUUCUACUGUGCAAUAAUUUCUGUAUUUAUUGGAUUAUUUGUAAUUAUACAUGGCAUGUGCAGGUACAUUAUCAAUGGGAUUCUAAUGCAUUCAGUUCCUGAAAUUAUAUUUCUACACCCUAUCAUAUAUGACAAAUACUGAGAUUUUGGCAAUUAGCCAAUUUUUGUGUUUUUAACUAGUUUCCUCAAAGGAUUAAAAACUGGUAAUUUCUAAAGAAGGUCAACUUCUAAAAAUCUGAGAAAGUUUUUGUUAUUGUUGCUGUCAGUGGCCCCUCUCAUCUUAGGUGAUAUACAAUAGAUAGAUGUAAAGCACUGAAUGUCACUUUGACAAUAAAAUAUUUAACAAAUUUAAAGGGGCAAAAAAAAAAAACAGGGAUGUUUUAAGGCAGCUGACAGGCAGUUUGACUGCAUUUGAAUGAUUUUCUAUUGACAACCCUUGAAAUUAAAUGAUCAUCAACCAUGAGAAUGGCUGUGAAGUGCUAAUGACAACAACAAAAUGUACUCUACAAUCCCUUAGUUCCUGUGUAUAAACAGCACUGAGGCUGCCAGUAUACAGAGUUGUUCAGGGAAGCCAUAAGCUUGUUACAUAUAAAAUUUGUAUCAGGUAUGUAUGGAUGAUACGACAGCAGUUUUGAGUUUUUAAUAUUGCAUUCCUAUGAAUUUUUAAAUGCAAUGCAAACAUUCUCAAAUUAACUUUAAAUUAAAAAUGAAUAAGCAGGUAUUUGGACAACAAUAUUAAGCCCCUCACCUGCUCACCUGUAGAAUUCACAGAAGUCAUUUGAGCAAACACAAACACACACACACACACACACACACACAAACGCACACAAUCAUUACAUUCAGUGAAUAGUGUUGGGGCCCUCUGGAAGCCCGUGGUGACUGCAUGUCCUCGAGUCUAAAAGAUCCUGAGAUUAAAUGAUUUCCUCAUUACAUUUUCUGUUCUUACACACAGAGUCGCUUCCAUCUGCCCGCUUUCACACACCAUUAGCAAAAAAUUACACGGUAGCCCUCGAAUAUGCCUGCCACAAGCUGGUUCACUUUCUAUAUAUUCACUCUUUAUAUGUACACUGCAAAAUCUUUCUAAAUCAAUAUUUUGUAUUGUUUUCUAGUAAAAAUAUCUAAAUAUGCUUACAUUUACAUAUACAUUUACUUGAGAAACAAAACUGCUUAAGAUAUUAAGACUUGUUUUCAGAGAAUAUAUCUUGAUUUAAAUUUAUUUUUCCUACACACUUGGCAAAUAGUUUUUUUCUUGUUCUGAGAAUACAUUUUACAGAAUUUUAGUAAGGGUUAUGCUUAAAACAAGAAAAAGUCUUAAUAUUACAUAAUUUUGCUUCUCAAGUAAUUUGAUCUUAUUUUAAGGAUGUUAUAUUUGUUAUAUAUUUUUUACUGGAAAACAAAACAAAAUUACUGAUUAAGAUUUAUUUAUUUUUUUGUAUUGUAACAGCCUGCCAUUUACAUUCAUUUCUUUUUACAGUUUACAUUUUGUUUUCCCUGAAACCAAGCAUUUUUGUGAUUUGAAUAAGUUUACUAUGAACUAAGGCUACACAUGUUGACCACUUGAAAUAAAUCAACAGGGUGUAACAGAGAUUUAAAAAAUUUACAGCACAAGAAUGAAAAUAAUUGUAUGACUAUGGUGUUUAUCAUCACCUACUUCUCAGAUACUUUGCAAACUUAAAAUAAAUGAAAGAAAGUGGCCGUAACUUAGAAAUACAUCAAAAGAAAUGUGUUGUAGUUAAGUGAAUGUGCCGGACUGAAGUGCCACCAAUGGCUUUCUGAAACAGAUUGUACCAGACAUCAUGGACGUGCCUCAAACUAAUAUUCAGCCUUUAUCCUCUGACAUAGUUCAAACUCCUGCUAUACAACAAAGUACAAUUUGUGAGCAAACUAUCAAUAACCAGUAUCAUUUCAAUUCAAUAAGAGGAAUAAAAUCAAGUAAAGUUGUAAAGGACGAUUAUCCAUUUAUUCAGACAAAUGUAAUGUUUCAUUUGUAAGCAAAAGUCUGUAAUGCACAGAUUUGUUUGAGAAAUUACUAAGCCAUUUCUUUACUACAAUAUUUAUGGACUACAGAGUUAUUGACAGUGGAGGUAAAACAAUAUAAUUGGAAGUAAAAAAAAAAAAAAAAAAACAAUGACACUGUAUUUAAAUGAUGUUUACAGUGUUGAAGUAUAUGGAUACUGAACUUUUCUGUAUAUGUGUUUCAAAUGAAAAGGAACUGUUUUUUCUACUAUUUUAAAUAUCAUAGCAGGGUUUUCUCUUCCCUUUCUUUCCUUUGUUUCUUUUCCUUUUUUUGGUGCCGGUAUUUCCGUAAAUUUCAAUGGAUAUAUGCGCGUGUAUGUUUUGUUCAUUGUUAAAUACUCAAUGUAUUUGUAAUUUCAGUGGCAUUUUAUGAAAUGAUGAAAAAAAAAAAAUCAUUAUAUUUUGCAGUCCAUUAUGAAAUUGUGAGUCUAUUCAAAUGUUUUGUCACUAUAUCUGUUCAUGAUUUUGGUAAAGCCAUCCAGAGGAGGAUGUAAAAAAAAUCUAAAUAAAUGAGAAUAAACAAAAAAAUUCACCCUUUGCAUAUAUAUAUAUAUAUAUAUAUAUAUAUAUAUAUAUAUAUAUAUAUAUAUAUAUAUAUAUAUAUAUAUAUAUAUAUUAUGUAAUUAGAUCCAGGGCUAAUUUUGGUUUGUGUUUUUAUAAUUGUGCAGAAUGAAAUUCUGAAUUUCAAAUUCUACACUACCAGAACCUUAAAAUAUAUGAAUACUUUUUUUUACUUUACUGUUAUUCUAAAAUAUGGAAAUAAAUAAUAAAAAAGAA